UCACACCCCGAAGGCUGACAAGACAGGUGAAAAUGCUUGAUACAAGUAACUCUAUCGCUCUAACGGCCUUCAUUGUCUCCCUGGUCGCCCUCACAGUGACUUUCCUUCAGUUGCUGCAGCAAUACUUCGCAACGGCGCAGGGCUACAACCGGUGCUCUAGACGAUUAAUCGGCGACUGGUCCCGGUUCCGACAUCGAAAUUAUCUCUGGCGGGAGUUUCGGUUUGAGGUCACCUUCGUACGACCAUAUAUCUAUCUUGGGGGUCUCGGUCAACCCCACCCCAGCUCGGAUGUUGAAGGUCCACCAGCAACAUGGCUCAAUAUGUUCCCGACCUGGCAGAGAGACCGGAAUUGGCGAUCGCAAUAUCUGGGAAGGUCCAUGAGCAUAGGCGAGCUAGCCGGGGAGUUCACUGAUGCGAGCACGCAGGCUUCUUGGACUCUUUUUCUGAAGCACCUGCACGAGUACAAUCGACAUGCUGCAAGGCGAAUGCAUCAUGCAACUUACGACCCACCAUCAGCAUCACCCUCGCAUCCUUCUCCAUCAUCCUAUGGCAUCUGCAUCAAAUUUGAGCCCUGCACCUGGGACGAUCUCCCCGGAAACACUGGCAGACUGACAGGAUCGGUGUCUCUCCGCGACCUAAUCGUAUUCACUCGCCUUCUCGGCCUGACCUGGUCAGACGGGCCUUUUUUGAGUGAUAUAGGGAGCUCAGCACCAGCAGCGGAGAGCAAAUCAGCCAGGAGCUUGUUUUCCAGAGGCAGCCUCCAGGCAUCAGGAAACACCCUCAUCCUCGCAGAAAGAUCCACCCCGCUACUACGCUACGAGCAACAAGACUUCACCCCGCCACGGCUCCACCUCUCACGCAGGGAGACCUUCAUCAUUCAUACCGGGACGGUGGCAAUGUUCUACGGGCGGAUUCUCCCAGAUCCGGAGCUAUUCCCAGCCCACUCCGAAUCCGUCGUCCUGGACGGUGACCAGGCCUGGGAGACCCUUUCCCGCACCAUGUGGCUCGCACUCCCACCACGAGCCGGUCUGAUCAAUACCCUCCCAGCCUUGUGCUGCGGGGUUUUCAGCGAAAGGGAUCUCUACCCAGUGCGCGUACCAAGACCGCACCGGUACCUUCUGGGCCCGUUCACCAGACCUAAAAUUGCGCUGAUCUUCAAGCGUGGCGUAGAAAAUAUACAAUCCCAGAAGCAGCAGCAGCAACAACAACAGGGGGGACCGUCAAUGCUCGUGGACGGAAUUAUAGAGGCUAUCAGCGAGCUAGAGCAGUUUCCUCGACCACAGCAACAUCCCGGGCCCCCUCCUCCCACCUCUUCCCCUCCCUCCACCACGACGCCUACCCCAACCCGCAUAGCAGAUUACUGGACCGUGUCACAAGGCGCUCAUCCCGCCUGGGCCACAGACUUGGAAACCAAACCCGAAGCCAGCUUCUUCAACGGGAGGGUUCACCACUGGAUAUCCUGGAUCCAGCAUGAACUCAGCCAGCUCGUUCACCGGGAAGACGACUAUAUCGGACCCUACACCUUCUUCCACUGGGACCUCGUCUCCUCAUUCCUCGAGUUCAUCCCGCAUCCGCAGCAUAAACCAAAACAGAAACCCCACACUGGCAGGAAACGUCCUUUUGCGACCUGGCGCCGAAACAUGCACGCCCUCUUCGACCACCUCCCCACCAUCGAAGCCCAUGUCCGCAGACGCGGGAGACGACGCGCCGAGAUGCGCGCCAAUGGAUACCAUAUGUCCGCAACCACCGGUUUGGGGGACCAGUUCGAUGUCGUGGUCCCUUGUGAGGGGGUGGUGGGGUAUGAUCAGAUCGGCUCGGAGGAGAUCCGCGAUGCGUGUCUGGGGAUGAUUUUUCGGGCCAUGUGUUGGCAUCGGUGCCAUUAUAUGAGUCCGGAGGACGAGCCGUUCCGGUCUGAUUUUUAUGGCAAUAUUCAACAGGUGGGCAUUGAAUAAGAUGAAGCGGUGAGCCGGGGAACUCCAGCAUGUAUGCAUUGGGGCGGU